AUGUCCACUAAACAAGUCUUGUUGCGUGAAUCAGAGUGGAUGUUACAACACAAUCUACAGAACGCAUUAAGAGAAGAUCCUCAACAAAAAAAAGCCUAUACACCUACGCUAAACCAACAUAAACUUGUACCUAUUAUACCACCUUCCUCUUAUUCAUCAACAGACAGCAUACAAUUAACGGAGCCAAAGAUAGAGUUUCAUUUGGGUCAUUGUCAUGGUUGGAUACGUCGUGGUCGUGUUUGGAUUCGAGUACAAUGCUCCAACAAUUCAAUCCAUCUUUUCCCUUUCGACCUUUUACCAGAGACAGUCCAUACUGCUCAAACAGACAGUCACUUUUUCUUUGGGUUUGAUCUAUUGCCUGAUAUUUCUGAACAAGACAUACAACAUUUAGGUGUCUAUGCGGGUAGUAAGCUACAUCCAAUAGAAUGGCUAGAUCAUCAAGACACAAGUUGGAUAGCACCCUUGUCGAUCUGUGUUAUGCAAGUUUACUUUCCUUGUCACGUUAGAGUUGACAAUGUAGAAUGGAAUGACCAUGCAGAGGUAGGGUUUGUUCUGUUUGGUAUGGCGUAUGAUUCACAUUCCUCUCUUUUGGUUAGUAUUGGCAUGUAG